AUGCUGUCAAUCAUUACUCUUGCAGGUAUCAUUUCUGCAGUUGCCGCUCAUGGAACUGUCAGUGGCAUAGUUGCAGAUGGAAUCUACUACAUUGGUUACAAUCCAUCCAUGCAAUACAUCACACCAAAUCCAGCGACUGUGGGAUGGAAAACGCCCAAGGAUCUCGACAAUGGGUUCAUUGCACCAGCUGCAUACGCCAAUGCAGAUAUCAUAUGCCAUGUUGGUGCGGGAAAUGCUCAAGCAGCUGCUCCCAUCAAAGCUGGUGGAAAAGUUAAUCUUCAAUGGACGCCUUGGCCCACCACACACAAAGGACCAGUCCUAGACUAUCUAGCCAACUGCAAUGGUCCUUGCGAGACUGCCGACAAAUCAAAGCUUAAGUGGUUCAAGAUUGGCGAGUCAGCACUUAUCGAUCCUAAGAAGAUGACGAACGGUUACUGGGCUACGGAUCAACUCAUUGCAAACAACAACACCUGGACAAUCACCAUCCCAACUUCCAUCGCAACAGGAAACUACGUCCUGCGACACGAGAUCAUUGGUCUUCACGCAGCUGGUCAAGCGAACGGUGCUCAGAAUUAUCCCCAGUGCUUCAAUCUGGCGGUUAAGAGCUCUGGAACUGAGAAUCCGGAUGGCGUUCUUGCAACUACAUUCUACAAGGCAACCGACCCAGGAAUCAAGUUUGAUUUGUACAGUGCCUUCACAAGUUAUACGAUUCCAGGCCCACCACUUUACGCCAGUGCGAUUACCGUUUCCCAAACAGCGCCGCCGAAGCCAACGGCUAGCGCGACGGGAGUUUACACUGUCUUUUGA